UCGAACAUGUCUGAAUCCCAUUUAUGGACAGUUUUUAAAGAUUCAUUUAAAAGAUUUCACUCACAAGAAUGAUUCGUUCAUGAAUCAGAUAACGAUUGAACACGACCAGGAUGUCUUCCGGUAGAAACAGAGGCAUUAAUAGAUGACUGGAAUCUAGAUUCUAGACCGAUAUUAAUAAUGGCUGGCUUGCAACACCAGGACGAUCCUUUAAAAAUGUCCCACGGAGAAACUUGGAAGAUGCAGCAUGAGAGGUUGCACGUGAAGCACAGAGGUCAUGAGGCCAUGCAUGCUGAGAUGGUUCUGAUUCUCAUUGCCACGCUGGUGGUCGCUCAGAUCAUCCUGGUUCAGUGGAAACAAAGACAUUGCAGAUCCUACAAUAGGGUCACACUCUUGCAGAUGUGGGUGGUUCCUCUUUACUUUACCAUUAAGCUUUACUGGUGGCGUUUUCUGUCCACAUGGGGCAUGUUCUCCGUCAUCACCAGCUAUGUCAUAUUCAGAGCCACACGCAAGCCUCUCUCCUGCAGAACUCCUCGGAUGGUGUAUAAGUGGUUCCUCCUCAUUUACAAGCUGAGCUACGCUGUGGGUGUGAUUGGAUAUCUCGCCAUCAUGUUUACCAUGUUUGGAUUCAACAUGUUUUUCAGGAUUAAAGCUGAGGAUUCAAUGGAUGUGGGUGUGAUUAUGCUUUUCUAUGGUCUGUACUAUGGGGUCAUGGGACGUGACUUUGCUGAAAUCUGCUCGGAUUACAUGGCAUCCACAAUAGGGUAUUAUAACAUGGGUGGUAUGCCGUCCAGAAACCUCAGUAAUGAUGUGUGUGCUGUGUGUGGUCAGAAGAUUUUUGUGGAUGUAGAUGAAGAAGGCAUCAUUGAGGACACCUACCAGCUCUCCUGUAACCACAUAUUUCAUGAAUUCUGUAUUCGUGGCUGGUGCAUCGUGGGAAAAAAGCAGACGUGUCCAUACUGCAAUGAGAAGGUGGACCUCAAAAGGAUGAUGAAUAACCCCUGGGAGAGAACACAUGUUUUAUAUGGACAACUUCUGGAUUGGUUGAGGUACCUGGUCGCAUGGCAACCCAUCAUAAUUGGAGUCGUGCACGGAAUCAAUUUUUCACUUGGACUUGAAUAAACACCUACAGUAUUUGACUCCGUUUAAAACUGUGCAUGUGUUGACCUUUUGAAUAUUUAUUUGUACGUUUGACAAAUUGUACACUUUAUAAUAUAAACCAAACAGCC